AUGGCGAUUGGUACUGUUACUCCUGUUGCCAACAAAGGCAUUUCUGAGUCUUCCUCUGUUCCCCUCUACUCGACACGAGCUUCUCUAGUUUCUGCUCCUUUUGACAACACUUGUUAUGGUAGUUGGCGAAGGAAUAUUCCGGUAGCCUUGUUAGUGCGUAAUAAACUAGAUUUUAUAAAUGGCACCACUGAGAGACCUCCUGAUGGUUCUCCUUUUUCCAGACAGUGGCAACGUUAUUAUGACUUGGUGGUAUCCUGGCUAACCAAUUCACUCACUAAGGAAAUCUCUCGUAGUGUUGAAUAUUUAGUACUUGCCAAAGAUAUUUGGAAUGAGUUAGAAGAGAGGUAUGGCAAAACGGAUGGUGCUAGGAUAUUUGAAUUGAAGAAAGAUCUAGCACACAUUCCCCCAGGAUCCUUAGAUAUUGCCUCUUACUAUAAUAAAAUCAAACAACUACGGGAUGAAAUAACGUCUAUCUCUGUCAAUUAUCUGACUGUUUGUACCUGCGGGGAAAACAAAAAGGUUGAAGAGGAGCAAAAGGUGUAUCAAUUCCUGAUGGGACUCAAUGAGACCUAUCUUCAAGUCAGGAGUAACACCAUUAUGCUAAAGAUUCUUCCUUCCAUGAACAUUGUCUACAGUAUCUUGCUAAGUGAUGAAAAGCAAAGACAAGUUUCAUCUGCCUCUCAUUUUUCUUCAAGUUCUACUUCCUUUAAUGUUGGUUUCUCCAAGCAGAAUUUCCAUUCAAAACUCAGUUUCGACUCUCCUAAAUCUUGUGUUACCUGCAAAUACUGUAAAAAGCAAGGCCAUACUACUGAAAAGUGCUAUAAAUCUCUUGGUUUUCCUCCAAACUUCAAAUUCUCCAAGGGUACUAGUCUAAGAAAAAUGGCUUCUAAUGCUGAAGUGGAUAAAUCUGGUCUUCUUGGUACUCCCGGGGGAUCUGAUGACCACCCUCAAUCUCAAUCUAAACAAUUGUCUGCGGUGCCUAGUUUGACUAAAGAGCUUAUUCCCAAUUGA